UGGAAUUCAUUCGUUGGUUGGUACCAAGUGACUGGAAUGCUUGCGAAUAUCCGAUAACGAAUGGAUUGAAGGUCGACAACAAAUAACAUAUAUUGUUACAAUUGUUUGCAGGACAUCCGCAUACACAACACCUGUUAACCCAUCAUUCGCGUCCCCAACAUGUCGCGUUCGCCUAUAACUUGCCACGUGUUGGAUUCGUCCCAAGGGAAGCCAGCUUCAGGAGUCAAGGUCUCUCUCCAAAUACUGAAGGCAGAGCUGUCGGGACCCAAUGACGCCAAAGACAAGAUUCUGGCAGACGGGACCACUGAUAUUGAUGGAAGAUGCUCUACUCUCUUAUCACCAAACGUGAAGCUCUCCCCUGGCAUUUACAAGAUGGUGUUUUUUACGGGUGAUUACUUCAAAGCCACGGGGACAGAAACCUUCUACCCAGUGGUCGAGAUUACUUUCAACUAUGCCGAUCCUUCUCAGCAUUAUCAUAUACCUCUCCUACUCAGUCCUUUUUCAUACACCACAUACCGUGGCAGCUAAGAUCGAUACUGUGCUAUAUAACUUUGCGUAAGCAGUGAGCUAUCGCCACAAUGGAACGGUGGUUUCCAAUGCAUUUAAUUUCAUCCAGGAUGGAGCCACCCACCAAAAACAAAUAGUUUGAUG